AUGAUUGCUUUAUUUACUCUGUUCUCUUUACCUCUUCUCACAUUGGUCGCUUCUUCUCCCAUCAAAAGACAAGACGACGUGAACUUCACAGGAUACUGGCCUGAUUAUUUCGUCGAAAUCGCAGGGUAUAAUAGAGGUUGGACCGGUGGAUCAGGCAAUUACACCUACACUGGGAUCUUGACUUAUCCGAAUCAGACUACCAUCAACGAAACUGUAAUAUUUGAGAAUCUCGCUAUACACUCCUAUAUAUACCAUUUCGGUGAUAUCGAUUCUUAUCCUUCUGAUAGUAGCUUCCAAUUCCGAAUCGAAGAUGCUGCAGACCCCUCUCUUUACGCUGAAGGCCCGGUCUUACCUAUCAUCUCGAGUGAAGAAGCGUACGAUACUCCAGCUUAA